AUGACACUCUUUGUACUAGUCAGCCUUGCGAUCUGCUUCUCAGUCGGACCCAUACUGAGCAGCACGCUCACUUACCUCGAUAUGAGAAAUUAUGUUCCCGAGUACGAUUACCGUUGGGAGAGGAUUGCAGGAAUCGUUUUCGGCAUCGGUUCAACAGGCCUAGGGAUCACUGGCAUCAUCGCUAUCGCGACUGCACCCCAUUCAACAGAGAAGAUGUACUAUUGGCUUGACGCAGUCAUUAUGUGUAACCUCCAACUUCUCACGAGCAACAAUCUCGCCCGAUUGCUGCAGAUCUUUAUCUCUCCUGGCCGGACUAUAUGGGCAGUACAUCUAGUGGCGACCUUAACUAUAAUGGACAUUGUUUCUGCGGUUGUGUAG